AUGGAUAACAUUACAUCAACUGAACAUACAGAUAAUACUACUACAGAGACAGAGAUGAAGAGAGGACUGUUCAUUUUGUUUGAGGGUGUCGAUCGUGUUGGCAAGUCUACUCAAGUGCAAGCACUUACCAACUACAUGUCCACGACACUCAGUCUGCCAACCAAGCAACUGCGUUACCCAGAUCGCACUACACAGACUGGUGUCAUCAUCAACAGCUACCUACAGAGUGCUACACAGCUCGACGACAGAGCACUUCACCUCCUAUUCUCUGCCAAUCGUUGGGAGUCCAGGGAUAACAUAUUGACAGAGUUAAAGAAUGGUACCAACUUGAUUGUUGAUAGAUAUGCUUAUUCUGGAGUGGCGUAUAGUGCUGCCAAGGGCAUUGAUUAUGAUUGGUGCUUCAAUUGUGAGAAGGGUCUGCCUGCACCUGAUGUUAUAUUCUACUUGCAUAUGGACUCGGAGGAGACGACAAAGCGUGGAGACUAUGGUAAUGAACGCUACGAGAAGCUGGACUUCCAGAAAAAGAUCAAGGACAUCUAUGAGAAGCGUCUGUUACAAUCGUCCAACAACUGGAAGCAGAUCGAUGCCAAUCGACCCAUCGCAGACAUCUCCUUGGAGAUCAGCUCAAUCAUCGAUGACACUCUUCGCCAAGGUGUCAACAGCAAGCCAUUACAAUGUAUAUAA